AAACAUCGGAAUCAGGACCAAAACCCCAAAUCGCAGCUCUCCCCGCCGGUUUGAUGUUCAUGAACGUGUAGUCUUGCUUGCAGCUGCAUUCAGAGAGCACAACAGAGCGAGCUUUGUUGAACAUGGGAGGUAAGGGCAGAGGUGGCAGAGCUCGUACUCAGAGAAAGCAUUUUCGAGAGAACAGAGAGAACGUUUGGAAGCGUCCAAGACCCGAUCCUAACUCUGGAAAUGACAACAAGGAUGGCAAUGGCAAUACCAAUCCGUGGGAACCCUUCGAUUCUCAAAGCCCCGCGUUCAACGAGUACUACAAGGAGCAAGGAAUAGUUACCGCGGAAGAAUGGGACACCUUUAUCGAGGUUCUUCGUAAGCCAUUGCCCGCCGCUUUUAGAAUCAAUUCUAGUGGACAGUUCUGUGGGGAAAUACGAGCCCAGUUGCAAAAUGACUUCAUGAAAUCUCUUAAAGCUGAGGUCGCUGAUGGUGACGAAGCUGAGGCUAUUAGACCAUUGCCUUGGUACCCUGAGAAUCUUGCGUGGCAUUCAAAUUUCUCAAGAAUGCAACUGAGGAAGAAUCAAGCUCUUGAGAGGUUCCAUGAGUUCUUGAAGCUAGAAAAUGAAAUUGGGAACAUUACAAGGCAGGAGGCCGUUAGCAUGGUACCUCCUCUUUUUCUGGAUGUACAUCCAAGUCACUAUGUACUUGACAUGUGUGCUGCUCCGGGCUCCAAAACAUUUCAAUUACUUGAGAUCAUACACCUGUCCAGCAAACCUGGAGGUCUACCUGAGGGAUUGGUAGUGGCAAAUGAUUUAGAUGUCCAAAGAUGUAAUCUUCUCAUCCACCAGACUAAAAGAAUGUGCACUGCCAACCUCAUUGUUACAAAUCACGAAGCACAACAUUUUCCUGGAUGUCGAGCAAAUAUCAAUUUCUUCAAUGCUUCUGCAGCAGGGAAUGAAUUAAAACCUCAAAAUAGUCAACUUAGCUUUGAUCGUGUUCUAUGUGAUGUUCCUUGUAGUGGAGAUGGUACUCUUCGCAAGGCUCCAGAUAUAUGGAGGAAGUGGAAUGCUGGGAUGGGUAAUGGUUUACAUGGCUUACAAGUGCAGAUAGGCAUGCGAGGUGCCUCUUUGCUUAAAGUUGGUGGAAGAAUGGUUUACUCAACCUGCUCAAUGAAUCCUGUGGAAAAUGAGGCUGUUGUUGCGGAGCUUUUACGGAAAUCUCAAGGCUCUCUUGAACUUGUUGAUGUCUCAAAUGAACUUCCACAACUUGUUCGCCGGUCUGGUCUUAAGAAAUGGAGGGUGCGUGAUAAGGGUGUUUGGUUAGCAUCCUACAAACAAGUUAACGAAUGUCGCCAGAGUGUGGUAAUACCCAGCAUGUUUCCUUCUGGCAGAAGCCGUAAGAACCAAGCUGAAGAUAAUCAUAACUCAGAAUUGGGGGAAACUCGUUUGGAUGGUUCUACCGGAAGUUCUGUUGAUGUAGCUGAUGCAGCAGUGGAUCCUCUACACGAGUUCGAUGAGGAGGUUUGUGAAUUUCCACUUGAGCGUUGCAUGAGGAUAGUGCCUCAUGAUCAAAAUAGUGGAGCCUUCUUCAUUGCAGUAUUACACAAAGUUUCCCCACUGCCUGCUGCUACGGAGAAACCUAUUAACCAAAAAUCGAAGUCUGCAAAUGACCGGUCUCAUUGCAAACUUCCACAGGCUAUUACAGAUGUGGAUAGUGUGGACAUUAAUGCAAUAGAUGGGAUGGACGAAAGCCCAUCAGAAGUUGAGAUUGAUUUGAAUAAGCAAGGGGAUUACAAUUCUGCAGAUGAAAAGUCACCUAGCAAACGUCCGGUUGAGGAUGUUAAAGAUGACGAUGGUUUGGACAGCAGUGCAGCAGAUGGAAUGGAUAAGCAGUUGUCAGAAGCCGGUUUGGAGGACAAUUUGAUUGAUAAUGAAGUGAGUGAAAAUAAUUUGGAAAUUACUGCAAUAAAGGAUAAGGCAGAGGAGUCUAAAGAGGCUGAUGAUGGUGGAACAGAUCCCAACAAGAGCACUGUGAAGAGAAAGUUACAGAUUCAGGGCAAGUGGAAGGGUGUUGACCCUGUUGUAUUAUUCAAAGAUGAAACCGUUAUUGAUAGCAUAAAGACAUUCUAUGGUAUUAAUGAGUCCUUCCCAUUGAUUGGCCACCUUGUGACUCGAAACAGUGACACUAAUCAUGUGAAGAGAAUCUAUUACAUUUCUAAGUCAGUUAAGGAUGUUCUCGAGCUGAAUUUUUCAGUCGGACAGCAACUUAAGAUAACAUCCAUUGGUCUGAAGAUGUUUGAGAGGCAAUCAUCAAGAGAAGGUAGCUCUGCACCUUGUUCAUUCCGGAUAUCAUCAGAAGGAUUGCCUGUGAUUCUCCCAUACAUCACCAAGCAAAUCCUAACUAUAUCUCCGGUGGAUUUCAAGCAUCUAUUGAUAUAUGAAAGUAUAAAAUAUGCUGAUUUUGUUGAUGCUGCGUUUGGUGAGAAGGCAUCAAACCUAAUGCUAGGUUGCUGUGUUAUAGUUUUGGGUAAAGGAAGUAAUCCCUCCUCGGACGUUAUCAAAGUUGACGAGUCGACUAUAGCCAUUGGAUGCUGGAAAGGGAGGGCAAGUCUGAGUGUUAUGCUUACAGCGAUUGAUCGCCAGGAACUACUUGGAAGGCUUUCAAAUCGGCUUGAACAUGAUUUGUAAUGCAGGAAAGGGAAGUUUUCUGAUGUUGAAUCUAAUCUAAAUCCUGGAUGAAAAUGAUAGGAGGUGAUAGUAUUAGGUGGGGUUACUUUAGCAACUUCAAUUCAACUGUAUAAUCUAGAAAAAUUAAGCCUUACCAUUGUUUCUAGUGUAUUCGAUAUCUAGUUGCAGCAUUUCUGUUGAUUUUUUUUAGACUUCUGUGAUAUUUUUAGGUAGGAUUUGUAAUGCAAAAAAGAGAAUGUCGUAUGGAGGAAAUCCUAUAAAUUUUUUUGCUAUUGUUUUUAA